GAAGGCCCUUGUACUGUGGUACAAUAAUUAUUUUAUAUUAUCUUCCUUGCCCGCUUCGGCGCAUCUCGACCUUCUUUUGUCUCCUCCAUCUCCUGUCAACUUCAAAGAUCGAGUUAAUUUAGCCGCGACGGCGAUUAGCAAUUCGAAUAAGGUCUUGUCAAAGAGCUUGCUUCGACCAUAUUUCGACUCGUAAAAAAAUCGAUCGACGACCACGUAGCUGAGCGAUUACCAAAAAGCUUCAAAAUGGCAGAUGCAAAGGGGACAGUCGGGUCUGAGACCGAACCUCAUUCCAAUCUUAGCACCCACACCCUGGAACCGCGCCCAGAUGGUUGGAUAUACAAGGGUUUCCAGGUCGGCAGGAGGGAAAUAUGGUAUGCGUCACCGAAGAUGCAACUUCUUAUGGUGGCUCUGGUGUGUUUCCUAUGCCCUGGCAUGUAUAAUGCGUUGAGUGGUCUCGGUGGUGGUGGUCAGGUCGACGGAACAGUCCAGGAUCAUGCGUCUACUGCCCUCUACUCUGUCUUCGCCGUUGUUGCCUUCUUCUCCGGUUCUUUCGCCAACAAGCUCGGUAUCAAGGCAACUUUGGGUAUCGGCGGCUUCGGUUACUGCAUUUAUUCCGCCAGUCUUUUGUGCUACAACCAUACGAAGAACGUUGGUUUUGUUAUCUUUGCUGGUGCUUUACUGGGUCUUUGCGCCGGUUUGCUUUGGACCGCGCAGGGUGCUAUCAUGAUGGCUUACCCACCCGAGGAGUCUAAGGGUCGAUACAUCAGUUGGUUUUGGAUCAUUUUCAACCUCGGCGCUGUCAUCGGUAGCUUGAUUCCUCUCGGCCAGAAUGUCAACAACACUGGUGGUACAGUCACGGACGGUACCUACGUUGGUUUCAUUGUCCUGAUGGUAGUUGGUGCUGCUGUCACUUUCCUCCUCGUCAACGCCGACAAGGUUAUUCGAGACGAUGGCUCCAAGGUCAUUGUCAUGAAGAACCCAACCUGGCAGAGUGAAUUCAUCGGCCUUUGGCAGUGUAUCUCUCUUAGCCCCUGGGUUGUUGCUUUGUUCCCUAUGUUCUUCUCAUCCAACAUCUUCUACACAUACCAGCAGAAUGGGCUCAACCUCGCCCACUUCAACGUUAGGGCUCGCUCGCUCAACAACUUGCUUUACUGGCUUGCCCAGAUCUUUGGUGCCGUUAUCUUCGGAUACGCCCUCGAUUACCCCAAGAUCCGACGAUCAAUGCGUGCCAAGAUCUCUUUUCUUGCGCUUUUUGCCCUAACCUUCGCUAUCUGGGGCGGUGGAUACGCGUGGCAGAGACAACAGGUUUCGCGAGAAGUCACAAUGGAAGAAUCAUAUGAGAACGAAAAGAUUGACUGGACCGACCCUAAAUUCCUUGGACCCAUGUUCCUCUACAUCUUCUACGGCUUUUACGACGCCUGCUGGCAAACAUGCAUCUACUGGUACAUGGGAGCGCUCUCCAACUCUGGCCGAAGAACCGCCAAUAUGACUGGUUUUUACAAGGGUCUCCAGUCAGCCGGUGCUGCUGUAUUUUGGCGUUUGGACGGUGUUCACAUUGAGUAUAAUACUCUCUUCGCCGUUACAUGGGCUGUCUGCGCCGGCUCUCUCUUAGUUGCCGCCCCGAUCAUCUUCAUGAAGAUAGAGGAUACUACUUCUCUCGAGACGGACCUCAAAUACAGUGAUGAGAGACCGGAGGAUGUAGUACCGACCGCCGCUCUCGAAGAGAAGCGCACUGAUGUUUAAUAUCCCCUUUGAAUUAGCAUGUUAUUAUAAAUCUGUCAAAAGUGUAUCGUGGUGGGUUAUAUGGGUCGUAAUACAGCCAUUCUAGGCUAGCUGAGUAACGUAGGGUUACGAAUUGUUGAUAUCGGAUAUUGGCUGGUGAUGCAUGAGUAAGGAUUUUCUGUGUGAGCUUUAUACCCUCAUGUCUUUACGAAAAAAAAAUAUAGUAUUACCACCAA